AAAGAAUCCAUCUCUUUCAUAUCUCUGCCCCCUUCACCUUCCUCAAUUCCCUUAGGCUUCGCGUUACCUCUCUUUCUCAUUCCCACCGAGUUCCAUUUGUUCGGUGACUUUCUUUUCAACCGUGCUUAUGGCUGAGAAUCUAGACGACGGCGAGUUUUGGCUUCCUUCUCAGUUUCUUGUUGAUGAUGAUAACAUGUUACACCAAAAGCCUCGUGCUACCACCAACAAGAACAUUGACCAAAACUGCUUGGGUUCCACUCCUUUCCAACCCCUUCGCUCUUCUUUUCCACUCGAGUUUGGGACUUUUGGUGGCUUUUCCGAUUUCGGUUCUUCUGGUGAAUCUUUGAAGGGUUCAAGCGAGACGGAGAGUGAUGAGGAGGAGUCUGUCGCUGGCUUGACGACUCUCCGUGUGGCUCGUUCAUCAAUUGAUGAUACAAUGGUUUUGUCCAGAUCUCCACAAUCGACUCUGUGCGAUAUGGGGAGUGGAAGUGGUUGCAGUCAAGUUUCUAGUCGUGGAAGUCCAAAAGGAAACUGUAAGACUCAAUCUCCUCCGGCUACGUGGGAUCUGUUACAUGCGGCUGCAGUGGAAGUUGCUAGGAUGCGAAUCAAGGAGAGCCAUGGGGUUCUUCAUCACAACAGAGGAGCAUCUCAAGUCUCUGUUCCGGUGAAAACCUCGACGACCGGCACCGGGUUUUACCAGCAGUUGCAGGCUCUACAAUUUCAGCACCUGCAACAGAAGGAAAUUAUGCAGCGACAAAACUUGACUGUCGGUGAGCAGAUAAACUCUCCAGCGGGGUAUCAACAUCAACACAUCCAUCAAAUGGUUCCGAAUGGAGUGAGAGGCUGUAGGGGAUUUUCGUCACCUGCUUGGCUUCCACCGCCUCAGGGCUCUGGAAUGAGGACUCUGUUUCUAGGAACUGGUGGCAAAAGAGAAUGCGCUGGAACUGGCGUCUUUUUGCCUCGACAUACCACCACCCAAUCUGAGCAACGCAGAAAGCCAGCCUGUUCUACGGUUUUGGUUCCUGCAAGAGUGAUGCAAGCCCUGAAUCUUAACUACGACGACAUUUGCAGUCAGCCCCACCUUCAACCCGUGGCUGGCGGACGAUUCGAUUCAAAGAACGAUGUUCUGCUGAGAUUGGAAAUGAACCGUGGAGGAAAUUAUCAAAAACACAACAGCCGUCGGCAAUCACCAACAGAGCAUGAAAUCAAGCUUCCCCAAGAAUGGACUUACUGAAAGGAAGACGAAGAUACAUAGAAAGGGUUUUAGGAUCGUUAUGGAAUUUGAUGAAAUUUAGAUUUGGAUAGUAAACAUUACAAAAUUGGGAAAAAGAAAAAAAAGAAAGUGGGAAUGAUUUGUGGUUAGAUUUAGAAAGAAUAAGAGUUUUAGUCUUCCAAUUAGGAAGAGGAGAUGAAUUGCUAGGGUUAGCUAGCAAAUAUCAAGUAUAAGGUACAACAGGUUUUUUUGUUCUUUGUUGGGUGAAGGGCUAUGGUCACUCACUCAAAGUGAUGAACAAGGGUGGAUGGAAAAAAAAUAAAAUAAAUGUAUUUUCCAUCUCUUUUGUGUCGAUAAAUAUUUUUUCUUAUAGAUUCUAUAGAAGUCAUGUGCAUAGGGGGGGCCAUAUGGGAACAUUUUUGGGACUUUCACAAGUCCUCCCUCUCCCCAUUUGUGUAAUGCAUAUAACAAAAUACAUUUCAAUAAUAAUAUAGAUUGAUGAUA